UCACACCCAAAACUCAUACCCAGCAAAACCCCGAUUAUCUCCGCGUCAAUGAGAGUUGCUCCAAGAUCGUUCCCAACUGAGGAAUUCGUCCAGACUCGGCACCGAUUGGACUCCAGAGCAUCACUAUAGACGACCGACUCGGCACCGAGUUGAGGGAAAAGAAGCGCUGUCUCAAACCCAACAAUAUCUCCAUCUUAGACUUCGUGGGUCAUCGCUAUUUCCUUCGCUCUCACCCGCCGACUUUGAAGUAUGGCUAGAGGUCAUAAACACCAUGAUUGCCCCACAACCUCAAAGACAAAAAGGAAAUUUUGUUCUCAACCUUCUCAAUCAGAAGUAGAUGAGGGUGUUAUAGAUGAUGGGGUUGAUACUGCAGAAGAACAAGCUUGUGAACCAUUUGCAGAUGCAGAUGAGCCUCUAAGUGGUCCAUUUCCUGGUGGUCCUCAUGAUCCAUCGGUAUUGAAGAGCUUUAAAAGUCAUGUAGCAGCUGCCAUAUGGUUUAAUAAGGAACGUGAACCUUUGAAACUUCAGAACCAUUCAUAUAAGCUCACACAAUGGGUAUUUGAUGAACAUGUUGCUAACCAUAAGUUUUGGAGUUACAUUGAUGGGUCUAGGUUAAGGCCAUUAGUUAAUUGUUCAUAUUUAAUUGGUAAUAGAGUUGUUGUGUCAGCCUUUUGUGAGAGGUGGCAGCCUGAGACCAAUACAUUUCACUUACCCUUUGGUCUGUCAUUAGUAUACGUGCAAGCUCUUCGCCAACAGCUUGAUCAUAUGCAUGCACACGAGGUCAUAUGGGAUCCAUACCGUGGUCUUAGGGAGGCUCAUCCAUUAUUGGAAAUCACAUUUUACACAGGAAUGCUUAAGUGUUUGGAUAUUGUGGAACCAUAUUAUCCUGAUAGGGUUCUAAGACAAUUUGGUCGAGUUCAAAUAAUUCCUCACAACCCUUACACCCCUUCUCGUGUUCGACGAGUUUCUGAUUCUAAAUCGUACAAGGUUGUAUAUGAGUACUUUGAUGGGUUGUGGCAAAGAUGGCGAGAUCACGUGUUAGCAGAUGCCAACCGAAGCAUUCCAGUUAAGUUUUCAUAUGACUGCACUCCAGAAUACUUAUCAUGGUACCAAAAGAUCACACAUCCAUAUGUUAGACACCCUGAUUGGAUGUCUGCUGCAGUUGAUUCAAAUGAGGAAAAUCAUCCUUUACAGCGAAUAUCACGGGCAUUGUGUAUCACUCACUCUAUUGUUGAUGUUGGCCGAGAUGAUGCUAUAAGACAACCAAUGAGGCUAUAUGAGGCUAUUGAAAGCAUCCAACAUAUAUUACUAGGUAACCAAGUGCAAAAUACACGCACAUAUCAACGUCGGCGGCAUGUACAAAACAAUGAAUAGAUUUAAUUGUAGUCGAAAUUUUUUUCAUACA